UUCUGCCAGUCUGUCUGUGUGCGCGUGUGUGUAUGUGUAUAUGUGUAUGCCAAGCAUACUCCACCACUCAGUCCUGAUAUAUUAGCCUUCUCUUUCCUAACUGGAUCACUCCUUUUAUCAUGAACGCUCUCCCGGCAUAUUCGGGAGCCAGGAUAUCAGGCUGUUGGUCUCUCAGGGCGGAUGGCAGUGGCGGUGGCGAAGACUCCCUGGACAGACUCCUCCCCCCUGUGAACACAGUGCUGGCACAGAGGAAGCGGACCACCAGCCAGUGUAAAUCAGAACCCCCCCUCCUACGGACAAGCAAGAGAACCAUCUACACCGCUGGCCGACCCCCCUGGUACAACGAACAUGGGACCCAGUCUAAAGAGGCCUUUGUUAUUGGGCUGUGUGGGGGCAGUGCCUCCGGAAAAACCACGGUGGCCCGAAAGAUUAUCGAGGAUCUGGAUGUCCCCUGGGUUGUGCUACUGUCAAUGGACUCCUUUUACAAAGUUCUCACACCUGAACAGCAGUUACUGGCUGCCAGUAAUGACUAUAACUUUGACCAUCCAGAUGCCUUUGAUUUUGACCUGCUCGUUCACACACUCCGCAAGCUGAAGCAAGGCAAGAGUGUUAAAAUCCCUGUGUAUGAUUUUACUACACAUGGAAGGCAGAAGGAGUGGAAAACUGUGUAUGGUGCCAGUGUCAUCAUAUUUGAGGGUAUUAUGGCUUUUGCUGAUAAAGAGCUAUUAAAGUUGUUGGACAUGAAAAUCUUUGUGGACACUGACUCUGAUAUCCGGCUGGUACGGAGGCUGAGGAGGGACAUAACAGACCGUGGGCGGGACAUUGAAGGGGUGAUCAAACAGUACAAUAAAUUUGUGAAGCCUGCAUUUGAACAAUACAUAGAGCCGUCUAUGAGACUGGCAGACAUCGUGGUGCCGCGAGGUGGUGGUAAUAAGGUGGCGAUUGACUUGAUAGUUCAACAUGUGCACAGUCAGUUAGAAGAGAGGAAACUUCGCUGGGAUAUGGCAGCAUUAGCCUCCGCCCAUCAGGCCCAGCCCCUCCCCCAGACCCUCAGUGUACUGGAGAGCACACCUCAGGUCAGGGGUAUGCAUACCAUUAUCAGAAACAAAGAGACCAGUCGAGAUGAGUUCAUCUUCUACUCAAAGAGAUUAAUGCGACUGCUGAUUGAAAGAGCCCUGUCUUUUCUUCCAUCUCAGGUCCAUAUUGUUCAAACUCCACAAGGUCAGGACUAUGAGGGAAGAACUUUCCACGGGAAGAGGAUUACAGGUGUGUCCAUUCUCAGAGCAGGGGAGACCAUGGAGCCCGCUCUCAGGGCAGUAUGCAAAGACGUCCGCAUCGGGAAGAUUCUUAUCCAGACCAAUCAGGACACAGGUGAACCAGAGCUGCACUACCUGCGUCUUCCCAAAGACAUCAGUGAGGAUCAUGUGAUUCUGAUGGAUUGCACCGUGUCUACUGGGGCAGCGGCUAUGAUGGCUGUACGAGUCUUGCUGGAUCAUGACGUGCAGGAGGAGAAGAUUCUGCUUGUGUCUCUGCUGAUGGCAGAGAUGGGGGUUCACUCUGUCGCCUACGCCUUCCCCCAGGUCAAAAUAAUCACCACCGCUGUCGACAAGAAGGUCAAUGACAACUUCCACAUCAUCCCCGGCAUAGGUAAUUUUGGGGAUCGGUACUUUGGCACAGACGCCCCUCCAGACUGGAGCGAUGAUGAUGUGGAUGGGCACAGUGACUGAGAGAAUACUUGACAGAGCCCCAGGCCAACAAAUACGCCCAGGGAGGAAAGGGCAACUUCUUCUUGCCCCUUGUUCUUUCGGCAGCUAGCUUCUACUGCCACGAGGACAGAGAAGACUUAGUGCACAAACGGAACUUUCCAGAGCUUUCCAGAACAGACUGGGACAGCCACCACGGCUCUGUUUUAAUCAAAAUAACAGUACACAAGAGAGUUCACAUAUUUUUAUAUAUUUUUAACUUUUUUUUUUUUUUUUUGAAAAUAGAGUGGUUACAUGUUUUGGCAAAAUAUUUUGUGUAUGAAGUAUUUUUAUGAAGCUUUGUUGUGUUGGGUAGUGUUAUCGUGUUAUGAUUAUGUUAUCAGAGAAAUAUGGGUUAACCUGUGCUGUACUGUUAAAGAGCAAAUCUCUUUAUCUGGUUAGAAAAUGCCUCAUAUGUUUGCUACAAAAUGAAGUGAUGCUGAAGAUGUUUUCUAUGUUGUUUGUCUACAACACAAAGUGAAUGUGAACUUUUUUUUUUUCACAUAAAUGCAUUUGGUGCAAUCCUUUUAUGUAACUGCUGUAGUUCUCACAUUUUUGAAUGUGUAAUUGACCUUUCAGAAUUUAAACUGCACCCAUAGUGAUUGUCUAACUAUACACACACACACACACACACAAAGAGAGAGAGAGACAGAGAGAGAGAGAGAAAUCUUUGAAGGACCACUUCGACGGAAAAAUGUGUGGGUGUUUGCUUCUUUAACCCUUUCACUUCCCCCCUCUUACCUGCUCAGUCGCUGACCAAACCACAUUUUGUAGAAUGAGAGCAUAGAGCCAACCUGUUUAUAGCAAUGAGGCUAAAGACAGCCCCACACAACCAUGCUCAUUCUUCAUUCGAACAUUUACCCCUCUACGAACCGCAGUAUGGAGUAACUGUUUUGCCUGUGAAUCCUCACUGGUAUGUUUUUCUAUGUUGGGGUACGGGAUGUGUAAAACAAGUGACAAUCCAAAAACUGAAGGUUAGGCAUUGAGAGGAUCGUUCAUUCAUCAUGCGUUGAGCCUUUUUUUGUCGCCAUUUAGUGAGUUUUUUUCUUCUUUUUUUUGACAGUUGGGACCUUGGACUGAGUACCUCAGGUGUGUAGCUGGCAUUUUUGUGUCAUCUCUGUUUGUUGCCAAGCUGUAGAAACAUCCGUAGAGUUGAAGUAGCAAAACUUUAACUGAUGGGUUACCUCUGUUUUAUAAUUUCUGCUCACACAAAUCAGAACAGGCCUCCCAAAAAAUGAGUAGAAAUAUAGUAGUCCCCUCCCAAAUCACAUUGACCUGAUGCCAUUGUAUGUAAAUGAGGCCAUGUUGCGGCUUUGACCAUAUAUGGUCGCCUUUUGCUCAACAUCAGUCGAACAUGUCUCCGAGCUAAAAAGGAAAAUGCCGGAACGAACAUGUCGCUUUAUCCCUACGAGUCUCCGUCGAAUUUGGUUUUGUGUAUUUGAUUAAUUUUCUGUUCAUUUUGACAGAUUCUUUCACUGUUUACCCCACAGAGCACUUUCAGGUUUUAUUUUGUCAUUCUAAUAAAUUGUAAAAAUGUCUUUUUUUUUUUUAAUCUUUGGCUCUUUUCGGAUAGCUAUCUUUUUCGUGAACCUUCAUGUGGCUUUUUUUUUUUUUUUUGGAUUUGUA